GUUUGGUUAGGUCAUGUCGUAAAGUUUUGUUUAGUUGAGUUAGAUUAAAUUAAAUAUAAAUUAGGUUUUUUGUUAGAUUAUAACUAAGAAACAGCAUAAUUUCGUAAAAGGAGAAUGAAUGCUCAAAGUUUUUCUUUUGCAAACUACCGGUGUACACCGCUUUUGGAAAGAAGUUUAACUUUAAAUAGAAAUAAACGAUCGAUGAAAAAUGCUUUUCUGUGGGGAAUGUUAAAUUUUGUCGUAUUACUAAUAGUUUUGUAUGACUUAAGUGGAUCUUGCCCUUUCUAUGUAAGUUAUUACGUUUAUUUCGAGUAUGUUUUGGUAAUAGUGUUGACGUUGAAUUUAUUUUACCACAUUGGAAAAAUCAUUAAACACUCUUUGAGUUUUCCGGAACCAAUUAGCAUUACAAAAGAACAGAAGAAACUGCUGGGCAUUAGCGAUUCUGAUCCCAAUUAUCGCAUAGAAACACCCAAAAGAGAAACAGCUCAAAACAUAACUACCUCUACCCCUUUGAACGUUACAAUGAAUAGAUUAUUAAGCCUAUCCCAAAACGAAAGUUUAAAUUAUUCGUUGUCGUCCUCAUCUUGGAAGUUCAAAACUUCCCUUGAACCGAAACCGAAAUCAUCUCCAUCCACGUCCCCGACACCUUUAAAUUUGAACAAAUCCUCGUUUAGAGACGCGACUUCAGUCGAAUACAUAUCCGAUGAAGACUCCUUGAACAAGUACUUGAAGGAAUACGAAGAAAUGGAAAAAGUGAACAAACUGACCACCAAACAACAGCAAUCGUCUAAUUUGCUGAGCUCGUUUUGGAGCCACCCGGUCACGCAAUCUGCGAAGAAUGUAUCCGAGUAUUUAAAGCAUUGCCAGUACCAGCUUUCCAGCCAGUCGAUGAAACUAUCGGGCAGCGGCAAAAUAAAAUCGGACGAAAAAACCCUGAGUCCUACAAAAGGAUCUUUGGAAAAUUGGACUCGCAUAAACGUCGAUAGUGUAGCCCUGACGCAAUGGAACGAAAAUUUACGUGUAUGGAUUUCCCAAACUAUAUUGGAGCGCUUGGUGGCGGAAUUCGAUAGAGUUAAUACGGCAUUGGAUAAACACGGUUUAUCAGACGUUCGUAUCGGAGCUGUCGGUCUGGAUAGAUUGAGGAAAACGGCGCAAACUACGCUUGUGACGCAAUUCAUACCCUCUUUGCCUGCGCUUAUUCCAUUUUUGGAAAUCACGAGCAAUCAGGAGUAUUUGGAAAGGAGAAUAAGAGAGUUGGCGAAAGGCGGUUGCAUGAGUGAAUUUAAAUGGAAUCGAGGUGGUAAAUUUUUGUCUAAAGAUUGGGAUGAAUCCUUACCGACAGAUUGCGCUGUGAUUAUGCAUUUAUUAGCAUCUUAUUUAGACACGCAAUUGAUGCCUUUACCGAACAUGCCCGAUACAAAACCUUUCAGUGGACAUCAUUAUAUUAAAAUCACAGACAAAAUGCCUGCUUUGAAUUCGAAUAGUCUCUUUAUACAAGAAGUGUCUGAGAAGCCCCCACAUUAUCGUGUUAUAGUUUCUGGACAAAUAUAUGAAAUGAUGAAGGGUUAUAAUAAUUUAUUCCACAGCAUUUUGUUCUUUAUUUAUCAUAUAAAUAAACUAGAACAUGGCAUGUUAGGAAGAGUUAACUUAGGACGAGCCGGAGUCAACUUACUUUGGAUUAUUGAUCAGUAAUUUAAUGAAUUAACUUGUAAUUUUUUUAAUAAAUUUUUUUCUCGA